AUGGUACAAGGUCGUUUUCGUAGAUUAAUCAACAACAAGACCUAUGGUACCCCGAAUGUUCCGAAAGGCGGCCAAUUUGUCGUCAAUAGUGACAAGAACCAGAUCAUCACACCCCUCUCCAUCGUGAUCGAGUGUGUUGGUAUGCUCUACUAUGCGAUGCACGAACUCGGUCCCUUCCGCAACCGUCUCGAUCUCGGAAGGCAAAUGAAAGCACACGUAAACUUCUUCAUCGCAAACAAAGACAGCGACACUACACAAAUCCUCGACCUCAUGAUCGAGGGUCCAAUAGACUUGGAAGAGGAGCGGGAUGUUGCAAUGUCCGUGAGGGGAAAUGCCAUGCAGGACUCAACAACAGACGAAGCUUCCGAUGUAGCGCAAAUGCUGACCACAACCAGCAAGCUCGGUGUCGCUCCCACUCCGACCGCAAGAGAGUUCACAUUUGAUCCGAUUGCUGCAGCAGGUUAUGGUCUCGUCAUCACUGGUCACUCCCACACCUCUAACCACCGCUUGACUUGA